AUGAACAAAGUUUUGAAAUCUCAUAAACACAACAUCUCCGAUAUAAAUGAACUUCAAGCUACAUUAGACAGUAAAGCUGACAAGAACCAUACAAACGAAUCCUUCACUACUGUUAGAGCAGACGACAUAAUAUUGAACUAUGAUUUGGGUUCAAAUGCACCUUUAGAGAAUCCGAGUACAAGCGUAAAAGAUACUCUUAACAAUUUAGAUAAGAGUUGCAGGAAUAUCGAAGAUCAUGCCAGAAACUUUGAAGCAUACGAACUACCAGCAAUGUUAGAUAAGAAAGCAGAUAAAACUUAUGUGGAUGCAGAACUAACAAAGAAAUUUUCGAAACCAGAUACAAUGACAUUUACAACAGAAAUUAUAAAUGGUGAACCAGCAACUCCAUUUGAAUUUGUUAGAGGUCUUCAACCAGAUACUUUUGAAUUUUUCUUGGAUAAUUCUAUUGAACUAACAUUACAUUAUAAAAGUGGAACAAAUGCAACAUUUCAUCCGGGAGAUACAUUCCAAAUGGUAUUUAAUGACAUAAGUUCUUUAGAAUAUGUUUAUAGAGUUAUGAGCAUAUAUGAUUUAAUAUAUCCUAUAGGAGCUGUUUAUACGUCUAUGAAUCCAAUAAAUCCAAACACUUUAUUUGGUGGUAGAUGGUAUGAAAUAGUUGACAGUUUUCCAUUCUACACUAAUACGCAGUCAAUGAAGAUGGGAGGUUCAAAGAAAAUAGGUAUUGAAAACCUUCCUUCACAUAUGCAUAGGUUCAGUGGAAGAACAUCUGUGGAAGGAAACCAUUCACAUUCAAUAACAAAAAGAGGUUAUACAAAUCUUGCAGCGGGUUCGGAUAGACAGGGAAUGCAUAGAUAUGAUAUUUCAACUGACCCAGUAGAUUCAAGCACAGGUAUUUUCUGUGGAACUGCAGGAAAUCAUACACAUGUUGUAGCUGGUAUUACAGACCCAGCAGGUAAUGGAAAAGAUUAUAUGCCUCCUUAUAUAACAAUGCACGCUUGGAUACGAGUUGGUUAA